AUGAGUAGAGCCCAAAUAUCAUCAAAUCCUGCCGCUUUGGCUGCUGCCGUUGCUUCUCAUCAACCUUCAACUUCAAAUAAUAAUAUAGCUUCAACUACCAGUAAUAAUAAUACCGCCACCAAUAUCAAUAAUAAUCAAAAUUCAAAUUCAAAUUCAAAUUCAAAUAAUAAUUCAGUAGUUGGUUUACAUUAUAAAAUUGGUAAAAAAAUUGGUGAAGGUUCAUUUGGGGUUAUAUUUGAAGGUACAAAUAUAAUAAAUAGUGUUCCAGUUGCUAUUAAAUUUGAACCAAGAAAAACUGAAGCUCCUCAAUUAAGAGAUGAAUAUAGAACUUAUAAACAUUUACAAGGUUGUGAAGGUAUACCAAAUGCUUAUUAUUUUGGUCAAGAAGGUUUACAUAAUAUUUUAGUUAUUGAUUUAUUAGGUCCAUCAUUAGAAGAUUUAUUUGAUUGGUGUGGUCGUCGAUUUUCAGUUAAAACAGUGGUACAAAUUGCCAUUCAAAUGUUAACUCUUGUUGAAGAUGUUCAUCGUCAUGAUUUAAUUUAUCGUGAUAUUAAACCCGAUAAUUUUUUAAUUGGUAGACAAGGUUUACCUGAUGAAAAUCAUGUUCAUUUAAUUGAUUUUGGUAUGGCAAAACAAUAUAGAGAUCCAAGAACUAAACAACAUAUUCCUUAUCGUGAAAAAAAAUCUUUAAGUGGUACUGCAAGAUAUAUGUCAAUUAAUACUCAUUUAGGUAGAGAACAACUGAGAAGAGAUGAUUUAGAAGCUUUAGGUCAUGUUUUCUUUUAUUUUUUAAGAGGUCAAUUACCAUGGCAAGGUUUAAAAGCUCCAACUAAUAAACAAAAAUAUGAAAAAAUUGGGGAUAAAAAGAGAACAACUCCAGCAAUUGCAUUAUGUGAUGGAUUACCAAGACAAUUUGCUGAAUAUUUAGAUUCAGUUAGAAGUUUACCAUUUGAUGCUGAACCUGCUUAUGAAGAAUAUAGAAUGUUAUUAGUUUCUGUAUUAGAUGAUUUAGGUCAAUCAUGUGAUGAUGAUUAUGAUUGGUUACAUCUUAAUGGUGGAAAAGGUUGGGAUGCAUCAAUAAAUAAAAAACCAAAUUUACAUGGUUAUGGUCAUCCAAAUCCUCCUAAUGAAAGAGAAAGAAGACAUAGAGAUCAAAGAAGAUCAAGACAACAUCAAACUCAACAACAAGCUCAACAACAACAAUUACAACAACAACAACAAGCUCAACAACAACAAGUUCAACAACAAAAUGCCGCUCAAUUACAUCAACAAAAAUUACAACAUUUGGUUAAUAGACCUUUACCACCUAUUAAACAAGAAAGUCAAAAUAAUGGAGGAUUAGGUAAUAAUGUAUAUAAUUCUCAUGAUGGAGAAAUUUUUAAUUCAAAUCAAGCUAUUAAAAAUCAACCAAAUUAUGAUAAUUCACCAAUUCAAGAUCCUUAUGAACAACGUAGAAUGAAUGGAUAUGAAGAAAAUAAAGGAUUUUGGGCAAAAUUAUGUUGUCAAUAGGAAAAAAAAACCUUUUAUGUCAAUGUUCAAAACCUUUUAAAUUCAAUUCUACUAGAGUGAUUGAAUGAACGUUAUAUUCACUCAUCUUUCAUUCCCUUUCAUGAGUUAAAAUAUCUCCGUUUUUAAUUCCACUAUUUUUAAAUUUUAUUUGUAUACAUUUUUUAUAUUUUAUAUUUACAUUAUCUUAUACUUUUAUCAUUAUACUUUUUUUUAUAUAUAUUACUAUUAUUAAUAUUUUCUGCUAAUAACAUUGGUUAUUAUCAUUAUAUAGUCAUUGCCGUCUCCCAAAAAUAUAUACAAUUUUAUUUAUAAUUAUUAAU